AUUUUUUGUUUUUGUUUUUAAUGUUUGUACACUUGUUUUGUACAUAAGCGAAUACGAAUAAUAAAAAAUAAAUAAUAUUCAAAUGACAAAUAAAAAAUAUGAUUGUUCGAAAAGUACAAACAUGGUUUUACGUCGAGCUAAUUUACGGGAUAGUUGUCGAGAACGAGUAAAAUUACGCCUGAUAGAAUGCGGAUGGAGAGAUCAAGUAAAAAUGGCAUGCCGUAAUUAUUUGAAUGAUCCUAACACUAAACACACAUUUGAUGAAUUAGUACAACAUGUAACACCAAAAGCCAGAGAAUUAGUACCGAUUGCAGUGAAAAAAGAAUUAUUAACUGAUUUACAAGCAGGACUCACUGAAUUAGCAGACCUUUAAGAAUAAAACACAGCUGAAUAAAAAUAUUUUAUUAAAAUACUUUAUAUAAUAACAAUUGUAAAAUAUUGCUUAUAAAUUAUUUGUAUUAUCUAAAAAAAUUUUUUUAUAUCACUCAAUUUUUAAUGAAAAUACAAUAAAAAUUGGUCGUGUUUCAAAAUGAAUUUUGUAAUGAAUGGACUUAAUGAAUGUUGGUUGCAAUGAAAUUUAUUAAUGCUGAUAAAAAAUUAUUAGGGGCACAGGUUCCCCAUAUACGCAAAAAAAUAUUUAAAUAUUAUUCAAAUUAAAAAAACAAUAUCUUCCAUUGCCCAAGAGUCAAAACAGGCAUAUUUAAGGGAGGGAAAA